AAAAUAGAUUGCUACAAUGAAGCAUUUCUCAUUUCUCCUCUAGUCGUGUGAUGUAAACGCUCGCGGCAACAUCGGCAAGGUUAUCGAAGGACGAAAGUUCUGACAAGUGUCAUUUUAGGUCAAGGUUAGGGUAAACGUCACUGCUUGUCAAAUUAUAACAACAACCGUCCACCGCUUCACUACUUUUAAAAUUGUCCCUUCAAAAUCUAACUUUUCGGUAUGCUUCUAAAAUUCUCUGUGCUUUGUUUAAUAUUCCAUUGUGUGCAUUGUAUAUCCCACCAUCCUAUUCUAAUUAUCGUAUCUUAUGACGCCUUUCAUAUAACUUUUUUGACACUAAACUCGUUCCGCAUAUGGAAUCAUUGAAGAAGCAGGGCACUUACGCUGAUUAUUUGUUAAACGUUUUUCCUACUAAGACUUUUCCGAAUCAUCAGUCAAUAGCCACUGGUUUGUACCCAGAAACUCACGGUGUUCUGGGUAAUACAUACUAUGAUCCUGAGACAAAGAGGGUCGAGCACAUUGGGCAACAAAUGUUUCAUUACUCUGAUUAUGUUGUGCCAAUCUGGGUAAUAUCAUGGAUAACUGAUAGAAAAAAGCCAGCAAAUCUAGUUAUGUUUUACAUAGAGCAACCAGAUGCAUAUGGGCAUGCAGUUGGUACAAAUGCUCCUCUAUUCAAAGAUAUGCUGAGAAAGCUAGAUAAUGCUACCAAAUAUUUACAGGAUCAACUUGAAGCCCACCAUUUAGCAGAUAAGGUUAAUGUUAUUCAACUAAGUGAUCAUGGAAUGAUCACCAUUACUCCUCAGACUUUCAUUAACAUCACUCAGUACAUGAAGGAGGGCACUUAUACAUGGGCUGGAGCAAGUCCUUGUAUCCAAAUUACCCCACAGAAAGGUCAUGAAGAGGAAAUAUACUUGGCACUGAAAGAUGCAUCCAUAAAAAAUGGCCAUUUUAAAGUAUAUAAAAAGCAAGAUUAUCCAAACAGUGGCACUACAAAAACAAUCCAAGGGCUGCUCCAAUCUUUGUAAUGGCAGAUGUUGGUUGGGCCUUGGAUGAUCUCAUAGAAACUGCUCCAAAUAUGCAAAGGCAUUCAAUUUCACAUUAACCAACAGUUCUGAAUUUGGUGUACAUGGCUAUGACACCAAUGUUGCUGACAUGCACCCUUAUUUUAUGGCUCGGGGUCCAAAAUUAAAAAAGCAGCAUAGAGUAUCCCCAUUCCAUACUGUAGACCUGUUCAACUUGUUCACUGAAAUCUUGGAGUUACCCCAAAUUCCUAAUAAUGGAACACUAGGAAACAUUGUAGAUAUUUUGAAUGAUAAUAAACAAGGAAGAUACAAUGUGGGAUCUAUUGUGAUGGUUACAGUAGGUGGAAUCGUAGCUGGACUCAUCGUCAUAGCCCUUAUAACAGUUAUUAUACUGCUAAUAGUAAAACAUCAACAGAACCUUACAACUGUUGCAGCUCUAAAUAAACGCUUCCCUCAAACUUUCCAAAAUCAUAUAGAAUCUCAACAUCUGUUGGAUGCAGAAUAUGCGUAAAAUGCUGUUUCAACACUUUUGUUACAUUAGAAACUCUAGAUGACAUAUUUUUGUUAGAGUUUACUUAAUGUUCGGAGAUUCAGACGGUUGAAAAAUAAGUAUACACUGUAUACCAUCUAGAACACUUAAUUUUGAUUGAGGUAGUAGACGUAUUUCAGAAGAGUUUCAUUCUGUCAUGAAAGAAUGUGAUUUUCAGUUAUUGAAUGACUAGUGAUUAACCACUUUUGGUUACUUAAUAUCUUGUUACGAAUGAUGCAUAUCUAUCAUAGAUAUUCACCAAUACCUACUUUUUUAUAUAUAUAGAAAAAAUACAAGAACAUCAGCCCUAGUUCAAUAUAAUUUUACAAGUUAACUUUCACUCCCUUCAUUCGGAUCGAAACUAUAUAUCGUCGCAUAAGUUCUUUGUGUAACUCAAAACUGAAAACUUUUUAGGAGAGCAAUAAUGGGUCUUUUCAUAUCCUAUCGAAUAUUAUGCAUGUGUUAUAAUCCUCCAUGUUUGUCUGGCCGCUGAAUGAAACCACAUAAUGUCUGAAAUACUGUUUACUGACGAGUUUUCGGGUUUUGGUGACCUUUUCCAAGUUCGUGCUUAGCUAUUUUUUAAGUUACACGGUGCUAGAACUAGAGCGACGAAAUAUAGUUUUUGAUAGACGCAGAGUUUUUUUAAUACAGCCACUACCUUUAUUUUUAUUUUUCAUUGAUUUCUGAAAUGAAAUUAUUCAAAAGACGGGCUUGCAUGAUAUAUCCAAAUACGAUAUGAAACAAAAUCGAUGUCUAGCUAUCUCAAAGAAGCUCAUUUAGCUUUUAAUCUAAAAUGUACAUGUUAAUCAUUCUGAGACAAUGCAAAUAUAUUUGCAUUAGCAUAACCAUAAUGCGUCAAUCAUUAAAAUCGCAUCGGUAAGGCUUUCAUUAAUCUAAGGAACAUUGUGAUUGUAAAUACGUCCAAUUUUAUACAUUAAGAUUAUCAUCGUAGUUAAAGAAAUAAGUAGAUUGUUGUAGCAUCUUGAAUCUUGAGUCCUAUUCGUUUUUCGACAAUAACGGUUGUCAAGAUGGUGGUAGAACGCAAAUAUGUUAAAAUAGUCUCUAUUCAACAGUUUUGAGUUUUCUUUUUGUUAAAGCUCAUGCUGAUAAUUUUAGGUUUAUGCACUACACAAAUUGAACAAAAUUACGCUUUUUUUAAUCUAACGGUUUUCCAUUGUUUUUGAGAAUAUUUUAAGAUAUUGCUAUUUCUGUAUAACUGGUUAUAGGGUUAGACACCAUGCACACGAAGAGACAUAAGUUUAUUGAUUUAAAUGGCGAAUUAUUGUAUAUUCUGCCUUAUUGAACCUUUACCUAUCACAUUGUGUUUUGCGUAGAUGCAAUUGUCCGAAAAAUUUAAAAUAAGAAACCAUGUGUGUGUGCAGGUCAAAUUUUGUAACCAGUCGUUCAUAAAGCUACCUUUCUCUAGUCCAGUCUGUGUUGUAAAUAAUAUUAGGAAGCUGUGCAAUAUGAAAGGUUACCUACGAUUGAUUCUUGUAAUAAUAACCAUUAAGUAACAAACAAACUUGGUGGUGACGUAAUUUAAAUGAAACAUCAUCCACUUCAUAUAUACACCUAUAUACUCUAAAAUAAAUUGUUGCAUGUAGUUGAAUAUAGCAUGUAGUAUGCAAAUAAUUCACUAAUAAUAUUUGCUAAUGAAUAUUUUUAUAAACCUCUCUUCUAUAUGCUACUCGUUAGAAUUCAAGUGUGCAUACUAUUUAGUUCAGUUUGCUCCAAAUUUAAAACAUGUUGUAACAACAAAUGGAAAAGAUAUAUUAUACCUUUUUCCUUUUUAUUCGAAUGGCAGUUCUUAAGUGUCUAAAGCUCAACGGAAAUAAUAGAGAUUGCCUGCUUUUCUUUUUUUGCAAGGAAAAAAGUAUGCAUUGAUAAAAAAAUGCAUUACAAAAGUCUCCUAAAUAGCUUUCAAAAAAUCAUUAACGAAAGGUGGCCAUAAUCGCAUCCUCCAAAAUAUUGUAUCUUAUUACAUCUUGAAAAUCAUUGCUUGUUUUUGGUGGCUUAUAACUUAUCUGUAGUUGAGAUGGAUUGUGAUAAAUGCUAUGAAUAGCAUGAGUUAAGCUUGAAGUGGGUGAUUACUCCUGGACGAUUUUUUAUGUAUGGACGACAUUUGUUAAUGACAGGUUCUGUUAUAGGGGGAUCGAAAACACAUACUGCACAGUCGUUUACUUUGGAAUUUGUAAUUGUUUUUGUAUUAUUUGAGUUUUCAGCCAUUUGAAGUGAUAUAUUUGCUCACUUACACAAUGUAAGAAAUCACAUAAUCUCACAAAAUAUAUACACAAUUUUUUGUAUAGUUUUAAGUAUGGUGCAAGUUUUCAGUUUGUGAAAUUAACCUGAUCCAUUUUAUUGGAGCGAUGCAUCGUCUGGAAUAUCAUGAGGCAGUCAUCAAAUUAACAUGUUCUGUAUACAUUGCAUACUUAAUGGCGGCGUAAAAACUUAUCCUAUUUUACGUAGCAUGCCUAUAUUAAGAUUAUAUACUAUUUAACUCACAUUACAAAUCUUACGACUUUCUAUUCAUGGUAAAAUUUACGUGUGAAAAAUGAGCAAAAUAAGUUUGUCUCUAAUAUUAAAGACCUAUUUUUACAUAGAUCAAGCAAAAAAUAUUCCUUAUGAUAUAACCUAUACCAGUGAAAGAGUGAUAGUUUGAUAUGAACUUGUUUCGAACAAUUUUUACUAUUUUAAUAUUCUGUGAUGAACACACUUUAAUAUUGUUUUUUAAGAGUAUUUUUAACGAAUUAGACACUGAUCGUAAGCUAUGACUGAAAAUUUAAUUAUAUGUACGCUUUUUUAUAUUUUAUUUUUAUUUACGUUACAUAUAUAUAAAUAGUAAGGCGUACUUGAAUUAUUUAUUAGUUACAGAAAACAUGAUCUAGCCUCAGUGAUAUUUUGCCAAAAUGUUAAACUGUGAAAUUGAGCCUAUUGCACAAUUUGAGUGAUAGUAUUAUUUUAUGUAUAUAUUUUUGUCAAGUUACUGUUUGUGAAAAUAAAAUCACGUCUUAUAUUUGUUGUAUUUAUUCAUCGUGCAAGGUUUAUACAGGGUGUCUUAGAAAUAACACGCCAGAGUGACACGGGAGGUAGAUUGGCUUCAGAUCAAUCAGAAAUUGAAAAAAUAUCUCAUGGAAAACCAGAAUUCAUAGUAGUGAAAUUUUGUAUAUAUAAGACAUAAUAUAUUUUGUUAUAUACUGUGUAAUAUGGAUAUUGUGGACAUUGUAGCAUUAAUGCUAAAUAAAUCUGAAACAAACAAAUAAAAUCAACAUGACCUUAGUAAAAGUGUUCUAGUUUUCGAGAUAUUCCCACUUUUAGAUGUUUUUCAGAAAAUCACUACUUUUUGCUCCUUUUUGUCUGUUAUAGCUAUAAAGAACUUCUAACCUACGAGUUUUUAUCUGGGCCACCAUUAAUAGUCUGUUGAGACAACCCAGUAUGCAUUUCAUUGAAAACUAGCGCGGUAUGCUGAACAAAAUUAAUAUAUUUUGUUUCAAUGAGAAAACCUUUACUGAAGUUUGACUACUGUGAAAAAACUGUACCAGAGUGAAUCGGCAAAUUAUCUUAAAAACUAGCCUAUUAAAUGUUCUUUUAAAAAUAGUAUAACAUUUGUAGGUUCUUGCUACUAAAAAUUGAAUAAUUCCAAGUUUUGUCAUUGAAGUAAUAUUUGCGAAAUACUACAAAUAAAAAAUAAGUGUAGUCGUCUUUUGUAUCCAAAUCACUAAGGAAUGAAACGACCUAGCAGCGAAAGAGCUAAAUAACACGUGUGUAGCACUAACAAAAGGAGCAGUACUAAAUUAACCCUGCGCGUGCGCUGCGCAGGUACCACUUCUGUUCCUCGAGGUGACAUAAUGCUACUGACCGAACAAUGAAUGUGAAAGCGAGAUAGUCAAUGUCAUGUCAUGUUUGGAUCGUUUCAUUACUGAAGCCGCGUUCUCAUUAGUCAAUCAAUUAUAAUGAAUCUAUGCAAUUGAAGUGAAAUAGUCUGUGAGCAUCGCGUCAACCAUAUUGCUCUAUCGAUUUGCACAGCGUGAUCAAAUUUACCAUUCAUUCUAUGUUCAAUGGCAUAGAUUUAUUAUUAUUGAUCAAUACCAUUGACUAAUGAAAUCCCGCGUUUAGUGAUUUGAAUAUAAAAGAUGGCUGCACUUAUUUUUUAUUUGUAGUAUUUCGCUAGUAAUACGACUUCAAUUGCAAAAAUUGGAAUUAUUCAGUUUUUAGUAGAAAUAACCUACAAAUGUUAUAUUAUUUUUAAAAGAGCAUUCAAUAGUCCAGUUUUUUAGAUCAUUUGCCGUUUCAGUCCGGUGCAUUUUUUUCACAGUAAUUAGUCAAACUUUAGUGAAGGUUUUCAAACAAAAUCUAAUAAUUUUUUUAGCAUACCGUGCUAGUUUUCAACGAAGUGAAUACUCGAUUGUCUCAACCAACAAUUAAUGGCAGCCCAGGAAAAAAAGGAGCACAAGUAUGGAUUUUUUGAAAAAACUUAAAAAUGGCAAUAUCUCGAAAACUAGAAAACUUUUACCACGACCUUGGUAUCUGAUUGAUCUGAAGCCAAUCUACCACGUGUGUCACUCUGAGUGUUAUUUCUGGGGCACCAUGUAUAUCUCCAUCCCUUUAUGUUUACUAGUUUUCUCACACUUUAACCAUCCAUCAAUUACUUGUCUUGAGUAAAAUCAACCCAAGGUUGAUUUUUGCGCGUGUAUUGACUUGCUUGAGAAAAAUAUAGUGUGUUUGUAUACUUGACGACCACAAGAGGUCCGAUUUCACAAACACUACAUCUUACAUGGCAAUUUACUCCAAGUAAAAGCUAAAUAUUUUCUGUUGUUGUCGGAGUUUAUAAUCAACAUUUCUGGAAUCUGCAUUGGAAGUUACAAAUAGUAGGCAUUGUUAAUUAAAAAAAAAACAAAAAUCUAAGUGCUUUAUUCAACGAAUUAACCUAAACAGGAAGAAUAAUUACACAUAAUAUCAUACAACUAAACACUAGAUUCGCGAUGAAAUAAAUCACAAUUUUUACCCAUAUAAAUUUAUAGCAAUUCAAACAUUUAUCUAUACAAAAAUUAUCUAUUUUACAAUUUGAUCUGUUGGGUCACGCAAAAUACUCUUGGCUGCGCCAUAAGAUACUGUACAUACAUCACUUCUCAAAAAUUAAAUAUACGUACCUGACUUAUACAGCGCUUUUCAAAAGCUCUGCCUUAUUUUUAUUUUUUGAACGGAUCAAGUUAUCAAGCUAAAAGGCGAUAAAAUGAUACAUGAAUAGUAUUUUUGCGUGAAAGUGGCAAUUGAAAAUUUCAAGAUGGAGGUUGGGCACCAUCUUGGAAC